AGAAGAUCCGCGCAACAAGUCGCAAAGACCUGCUCCAUUCGCUUCUGGUUUCGAAGUAAAUCAAGUAGGGCCAGCUGCUUCAUCGUCUUCUACAAGUGGUGUACUCUCGGAUCAAAUUAUGUCUAGAAGAAGUACUUCUCUCCGCCGUAUCGAGUUCGUCUACGGUGAUUUGGACUGGAUGGAUCGUGAAAGUACACUGCGGCUGCUCGACCAGUACCCUGAUAUAUUACGAUACCAUCUUUGUCCUUGCGCAGGCCACCAAAUACCGAUCGACAAUCCGGUAGAAUUUGCUCGAAUUGUGAAAGAGAAUACUUACCCAUACAGUUCUACUUCAUCUACCUGAGGUUGAAAACGACGAGGAAGCAGAUUAUAGAAGUACAACAUGCUCCAGUUGCUCCUCGUCACGGACGCCACGAUAUAGGGCGCGUGCUAAGUAGUUGUAUAUCGUGCGAAUAAUGCUUUUCACGGCCUCGACGAUCUUUUCUUUCGGCAAUCGAGAUCAAGAGCAAGUUACGUCAAAACAGACCACGAGUAUUGUCUACAGACUACAUCAAGUUCACGGAGGACACACGAGAAAAGGACAUCGAUCUUGAUGUCCUGGCUGCUCCUCCUGGCAGGAUCAGCCAUACCAAAAAACUCUCGCGGAUGAUCUUGUUGUGCACGAUUAUGCUUGUCCUUACUUCUCUCUUUGAUCCGGAUUCGCAUUCAAUCCCUGAUCGCAGCAGUAUACUUAGUAUUCACGACGAUUCACGAAGAUCAUAUAGAGGUCAACGUCAAUGAGUGUCUUUUGUUCACUCGUCCUUGUGCAGCUCUCUGUAUACGCUGCGUAGGCCAUAGAGAUGAUGAAGUAGGAAUUUUUCUUUGGCGUAUAAGUGCACCUGAUUGGCUAUCUCGUGUCCUGUACCUGUAGAUCUCAUUCAAGUUCAACAUCUAGAGAGCAUUCAAGAAGAAAGCGUUCCGGCGGACGAUCCACACUUUCACUUGUCGAGGAUCUUCCUUGUUGUCUUUUAACGAGAAUGUUGUCCCUAUCCGUCUAUCUUGUAGUAGAAAGCUAAAAUGAAGGCGUCUUCGUUUUUUAAGAACAUCAUCAUCGAUGAAGAUGAUCACUGGAGGCGUACUGGUUCAUGGUCUCUUCUGCAACCCUGUGCUGUAACCGGGUUUCCGCUUGGCUAGCGUCAUAAUAUGGAUUAGUUCUUAAUCUUAUUCUUCAGGUGGUUCGUGGUAGAAGAACCGUUUGCUUUUCAAGAGUUCACCCUGUUGUAUGAUCGUUCAAUCAGGUUUCUCCUCCUCUACGACUAGAUUAUUGUCUUAAACUCCUGCUUGCUGUCCUCGAAAUCGGUUCGAAGCAAUUCAUUCAGAUCAUAUGCAAAUUUGAUUGAAUUCAAUGAUUUUAUGGAAGUGUUGAUGUCAGUUUCAGUCAGGUUAAAAUACGAGGCUGGUCGUACUGGCAUACCCACCGGUGUCGUCCUCGUGACCCAUGUGCUGGAGCGAGCCUACAUCAACUAAAUUCUUCGAAUCGUCCACAUCCAUGAAAGUCAAAACCUGAGUCCAACUCCCGUGCUUGUGGAGGAAUGUACUACUUAAAAACAAGCACAUAAAUUUUUCACAUUUUAAAGACACAGGUGAGAAGCAGGUUGAGCGGUUUUCUUUUUUUUGAUCGCACAUGUUUAUGUUUUUCUUGCUGUAACGGAAACAUUCCUUCUCAUUCUAUAGUCCCUUAUCUCCUCUUAGAUGAUUGUGCUCGUGAUUGAUUAUAGUGGCUUUCUUCAUUUUUCGAAAAACGAGUACCAGAACGAACCACCACUGACUAUGAUGAACAACGAGGGCGAUCUUCAUUUAUUUUUCUGCAAGGAGGAGCACUUCAUCAUAAUAGGAGCGGAAACGAGGUGUGGAAGUACACCAAGAGGGCAGGCCAGUUCUGUCCCACCAAUGAGGCCGUGGCGGACACUGUCCUCCAUGCACAGUGUUGUGUGAUCUGUGG